AAUCAGCUGGACAACUCAGAAGAGAUAGGAGCAUUAUGCAACGGAUUGCAGUAAUUGGUGGCACCGGCAUGACCGGUCAAUGCGUAGUGGACUAUGCAUUAGAAAAGGGUCUGAAAGUGCGUUUACUUUACCGCACAGAGCCCACCGUGCCGGAGCGCUUCAAAGGCAAAGUUCAAUUAGUUCAGGGCGAUGUAACUAAUAUAGAGGACGUUAAGCGUCUGAUUGAGGGCGAUGGCGUAGUGGACGGCGUUUGCGUUAUACUGGGCACACGCAAUAAACUGGAGGCCACAACGGAGCUCUCUCGCGGCACCGAGAACGUCAUAAAGGCCAUGAAGGAUGCAAAUCUCAGGAAGUUUUCCAUUGUGAUGUCGUCGUUCCUUUUGCGUCCUCUGACCGAGGUACCCGCUGUAUUCCACAAACUAAAUGAGGAGCACCAGCGCAUGUUGGACUUAACAAAAGCAUCCGGCUUGGACUAUGUGGCUAUUUUGCCACCACACAUCGCCGAUGAGCCAGCCAGUAGCUAUACCGUGGUGCACGAUGAAGCACCUGGACGAUUGGUAUCCAAAGAAGACUUGGCUAAAUUCAUUGUAGAUUCCUUAGAUCAGCCUGAACAUUAUGGCAAGGUUUGCGGCAUUGCCAAAAGCGCUAAGAGCGCUUAAAUAAUACGCUCAAAUGGACGAUCGGCAUGACAUCAGCAAUAUAGUAUCCCCUACGCAUAUAAAUGGGAAUCAAUCUGCAGUUGGUUCUUUAUUAACGUACAAUUAGCAAUGCUAUUAAAACCUUUCAAAGGCAAACUAACAAUAAAUAAUAUUUGAUAUAUUCAUACU